UAUAAUAAUAGUAAUCUCUUCAUUCUCUCUCAUACUGGUAAUUGGUACGGUACUAAAUACAUGUUAAAUAUACGUUCUACUAAUAACCUAAAAUAUAACAAUAGUAAUCUCUUCAUUCUCUCUCCUACUGGUAAUUGGUACGGUACUAAAUACAUGUUAAAUAUACGUUCUACUAAUAACCUAAAAUAUAAUAAUAGUAAUCUCUUCAUUCUCUCUUCUACUGGUAAUUGGUACGGUACUAAAUACAUGUUAAAUAUACGUUCUACUAAUAACCUAAAAUAUAAUAAUAGUAAUCUCUUCAUUCUCUCUCCUACUGGUAAUUGGUACGGUACUAAAUACAUGUUAAAUAUACGUUCUACUAAUAACCUAAAAUAUAAUAAUAGUAAUCUCUUCAUUCUCUCUCCUACUGGUAAUUGGUACGGUACUAAAUACAUGUUAAAUAUACGUUCUACUAAUAACCUAAAAUAUAAUAAUAGUAAUCUCUUCAUUCUCUCUCCUACUGGUAAUUGGUACGGUACUAAAUACAUGUUAAAUAUACGUUCUACUAAUAACCUAAAAUAUAAUAAUAGUAAUCUCUUCAUUCUCUCUCCUACUGGUAAUUGGUAUGGUACUAAAUACAUGUUAAAUAUACGUUCUACUAAUAACCUAAAAUAUAAUAAUAGUAAU